CAUCACGUGAUCAUCACUGGCGUCUUCAGUCAGCGUCAAACAAACACAUGAAAACAUCACCUUUCUUCUUAUUUAUUUGGUUUCAUCGUCUUAAUUAGUAAUAUUCGCUGUCGUAAAUAUUGAUAGAUACGGAAUAUAUUCAUACGGUUGUGCCGUGAAGCGUAUUUUUGCAUAUGACAAGUGUUUUGUAAGCGCUUACUGUGGGUGCUUCAUCUCAGCUGUGCUUGUUUCCAUAGAAACGAGUAGUGCUAACGGAUGCUAAGCUGAAAAUAUAACGUUACAUCUCUGUGCGUCCGAUUAUGGAUGAUUUCUAAUGUUAUGGAAGCGAUGUAACUCAUCUGUUUGGACAUGAUGUGAAGUUAUUGAAGGAGAUCACCCGUAGAGAAGAGAUCACACAUCCCGAGGAGCGAUGUCUCAGUUCUCCAGCGAGGAUGAGGCAGAGCUCCAGACCCUGCUGCGAGAGCUCCUGAAAAGUGUCAAAGACAGAAUCUCGGGAGCACCAUCGGUAGAAUGUGCCGAAGAGAUCUUGCUUCAUUUGGAGGAAACUGACAAGAACUUUCACAAUUAUGAGUUUGUGAAGUAUCUGCGGGAGUAUGUGGAGAGCAGUUUGGGAGCGGCUAUUGAAGAAGAGACUGAACAUUUUACCAGGGGUGAUAGUCAUGCUAUUGGGUCCGGACAGGACAGUCUGGUUCACGCUGUUACUAAGAGGACUAGGGAGUCCACACAGUAUAAACAGAUGAUGCAGACUCUGAAACAGACCAUGAUGGUGGUUGUGGAAUCACUAAUCAAUAAAUUUGAGGAAGAUCAGCUUAAGAAAGAGGAAAUGGACAGGAAGAUCCAACAUGAACAGUCAAGCAACCAUUACACUGACAACUGCUCUGACAGUGACUCUUCAUUCAAUCAGAGCUAUGCAUUUAUCAAACACGAACAAUUGCAAGUCAUCGCUGAGAAGCUUGACCCCGGUAGACCACGAGAGGUUCGCUGGGAAGCUUUGCAGUCUCUGUGCUAUGCCCCUCCCUCUGAUGUCCUGAGCUGUGAAAGCUGGACUGGUCUGCGCCGAAACCUCUCUGCUGCACUCACUGACCCUGACCCUGAGCUCAGCGAUAAAGUCCUCCAGUUUUUUGCAAAAACCUUUUCGUCUUCUCCAUUAAAUGUGACUAAGGAUAUCUACGCUAGCAUCGCAAAAAGCUUGGAGGCUCAUUUCCUGUAUCACAAGUUGAGUUUUCCCAGCGGUUCUUCAAGUAUUGAUGCGAACAGACCAGAUAUGGCCCGUCUCCUCAAACAGAUGCGAUUAAUGAACGACUUUCAAAAGGAAGUGACAACAUUUUGGAUACGACAUCCUGAGAAGUACAUGGAGGAAAUAAUUGAGAACACCCUCUCUCUUCUCGCUCUGCAUUCUGAACAAGGCAUGAGCAGUCCCGGCUCAGAGAAAUCCCUAGAGCCUAUACACUUAAUCUCUCUGCUGGAUAUCAAAGCCACCUGGUUUAAGAAAUGGAUGCAUGGCUACUACAGCAGAACCGUUGUCUUAAGACUUCUUGAGAGGAAAUACAAGUCUUUGAUUGUUAAUGCUCUGCAGCAGUGCAUUUAUUACUUCGAUUCCUGUGAUUCAGUAAGAGAGGAAACCUUGGAAAUUAUCCACAGCCUGGAACAUCAGCAGAUUGGCCCUGCUCGGAGAACUCUCUACACUUCUAAAGAGCUGGAGUUUGUUUAUUUCGUUCACUCGCUGUGUGUGCUCGGGAGGCUUGUGAUGUACACUAAUGGAAGGAAACUUUUCCCCAUUAAAGUGAAGAAGCGGAGAGAUCCGGUAACUUUGACCGACUUGGUUGUGAUUCUGAUCAAUAUCAUAUACCAACACCCAAAACCAUCCUGUGGUGAGACACCACAUGCAGACUCCCUGUCUCCCACUCAUCUUGUGAUGGAGGUGUUAAGGACCCUGUGUGACCGCAUUGAGUGUGCUGUGGAGUGUCUCUACCAAAUCCCUGUUAUAGAGACUCUGCUGGCUCCCGUUAUCACCCUGCUUAAAGGAAAGCUGCCCAAAUUAAAUUCCCUAGAAAGUGCCCUGACUCACAUAGCAGACACCCUGGCGAGGAUCGCUACCACUGAACGAGGUUUAUCACUCCUGCUUUAUGACAGAAAUCUCGUCUCGGCCGAGGGUGAAAGUAUUUCAGCUGCACAUGUGGUUAUGCAGUUUACUCAGAGGCUGUUGGCAAAAGAGCUGCAUGUGUUCAGUGAGCUGGAGAUUUCUACUGCUGUGAGCGGGGCCUUUAUCUUCGUCUGUCGGCAGAUGUACAACACCUGCGAGGGGCUGCAAGUUCUACGGCCAUACACCCUACAUGAGUGCAUCGCUAAAGCCUGGAGAACGACAAGCUCAAUGUCAGAGAGAGUUCCCACUCCUGUUCCUGGAGCUCCCCCAGUGCUGGCUUCCCAGGAGUUGCAGAGCGUGGUGGCCUGGGAAGAGAUGCUGUUGGACAACCUGCUGAAUUUUGCUGCCACACCAAAAGGACUGCUACUCCUCCAACAGACUGGAGCCAUUAACGAGUGCGUCACCUACAUGUUCUCAAGAUUCACCAAAAAACUACAGGUCAGCAGGUGUGAGAAGUUUGGUUAUGGUGUGAUGGUGACCCAGGUGGCUUCCACAGCCCCAGGCAUUGUGGCCUUGCAAAGCUCAGGAUUUUUCCAGACAAUCGUGGUGGAGCUGUGGUCAGCCUUGGAGUGUGGUCGAGAGGAUGUGAGGGUGGUCCAUCCGAAAUCUACUCCAAUGGACCCUAUUGACAGGAGUUGCCUCAAGUCCUUCCUGUCUCUAGUCAAUCUGCUUUCUUCACCUCACGCUGUGUGGGAGCUGCUGGGACAUCGAGCGCUUCCUAACAAGACAGAGUACAAUCUGAGAGAGAUGGCCACAUCAGUUUUAGACCUGAUUGACCGCCUCAUCAUCAUUAACUCUGAUGCGAAGAUUCACUCCCUUUUCAACUACGAGCAGUCCCACACGUUUGGCCUGAGGCUCUUGAGCGUGCUGUGUUGUAACCUGGAUUCUUUUCUUCUGCUGGAGUCUCAGUAUAACCUCACCGAGUUACUGCUGCAGGGUCAGAAGGACAAUGUCACAGAGCCGCCCACAGGUGAAGGGGAAUUCAUCAUCGAUGGACUGUCUGUGGAAAGAAACCAUAUCCUUGUUCGAAUCUGUGCAGUUGGUGGCCCGUCAGAGAGGAGACUUCCUCGCAGAGGCCUGGAGAAGGGAAGUGACCCUUACCCAUGGCCAAUGGUGUUUACCUACCCUCUGCCCAAGUUUUACACCCUUGACGUGCCCAAGACUCUCCGCACUAAACAGGAGUCAGAGAUCAGUGCUUUCUUGGCCUCGUCUAAAGAAAAUGAGAGAGAUGCUAGCUGGAUGGAUGACUGCAGGAGACAGUUCUGCAAGAUCAUGGCUACAAAGUCAAACACUCUGACUGGAUACGUUCUUGCUGAUCUGUUGGAGAAGGUCGUGCUGCAUCUCUCUUCUUCAUCUACCGACUGCUUCUUUCCACCGGCUGAAUAUAAAGUGGUGGACCACAGUGUAAAGACUCGAAGCCUGUCUUCUGUGGAGCAGUUAGGUGUGGGGAUAUCCCUCAGGUAUGGCAAGUUCCUGAAGCUAUUGAGAGAAGAUUCAGAACAGGAUCUGUGUCUUUUGCUAAAGCACUGUCAGGAGUUUCUCUCUCAGCAACGAGUCAAGGUCACCUCUGAGCUCUCCUAUUUUCAGGGGGGUUAUCCUGGUCACGAUUGGUUUGCCUCCACAGUUUUUUUGCUCAUGCAUGGCGACGUGGGCCGUUCUCUGAGUCUGCUCUUGCGUUUCUCCCGUCUGCUGCCGUCUGCCUUCCUGUGGCCCCCGAGACUGCACAGCUCUGUGCAUCUCCCUAUAGAAAUCGCUCAAUCGGGAAUACAUCCGAUCUACUCCUGCACCGCUCAUUAUGUUGAAAUGUUGCUCAAGGCCGAGGUUCCUCUGGUUUAUUCUGCCUUCAGGAUGUCUGGCUUCACUCCCUCUCAGAUCUGUAUUCAGUGGCUUGGCCAGUGUUUCUGGAACUAUCUAGAUUGGCCUGAGAUCUGUCACUAUGUGGUCACCUGUGUCAUCAUGGGACCAGAUUACCAGGUGUACAUGUGUGUUUCUGCCCUCCGUCACCUGCAGCAAGAGAUCCUGCAGCACACACAGACGCAGGACCUGCAGGUCUUUCUGAAGGAGGAACCAAUCCACAGCUUCAGGAUGAGUAAUUACCUGGAGUACAUGGAGGGGCUGGAGCGCAACUACAGAUCCAUGGUGCUCUCGGACAUGAGGAGCAUCUUACCAAGGAGCAGCUAGAAGGAAAUCUGAAGAUCAGCAGGGACUGAAAGUGCUUGUGGUACAGAAUGAGACUGAAAAUGUUGCAUGGAAUUUAGGCUGUUUUUGCAACGCAACAUGCUCGACGUGCAAGAGGCCGGCGUUUUGACGGACACCAUGUGAAUAUUUGAGUAUUGAGUAUGAGUAUUCUCACUCAGGGGAUCAUAAAUAUAAGAAAUCAAACUCUUCAAAGGCUAGUAAAUAAGUAACUGUAACUGCAUUGACUGGUACAUUUGUUUUGUAAAAUGAUGCUAAACUAUAUAUUUCACUAUUGUGUAUGUGAGCGUGUGUGUGUGUGUAUAUAUAUA